AUGGGUGAUAUUCAUCCAACAAGUGGUGAUUGUCUUUUAUACGAAAAACACAUUCGUAAACAAGCUCGUGAACAUCCUGGUACAAUUGAUUAUUGUCCACAAUUUGAUGUUGUUGAUCGGUAUUUAACAAGUCGUAAAGCACUUAUGUGUUAUGCGAAAUCAAUUGGUAUAACAGAUCGUGAACAUGUUAUGAAUUUAACAUUAAGAAAAUUUCAUAUGGAAUCAUUUGCUAAUCGAGUUUUACGAACAUAUAGUGGAGGAAUGAGAAGAAAAUUAUCAGUAGUUGUUGCAAUGUUAGGACAACCAGAUUUCAUUUUACUGGAUGAACUAACAAAUGAAAUGAAUAAAUAA